CUAUAUUGAAGAAUGUCUGGAAGUUUCUACUUUGUGAUAGUUGGUCAUCAUGAUAAUCCCAUAUUUGAAAUGGAAUUUCUGCCUCCUGGAAAAGUAGAGUCCAAGGAUGAUCAUCGCCAUCUCAACCAGUUCAUUGCCCAUGCUGCUCUUGACCUAGUAGAUGAGAACAUGUGGCUUUCUAACAACAUGUAUCUGAAGACUGUGGACAAGUUUAACGAAUGGUUUGUUUCUGCUUUUGUCACAGCUGGACAUAUGAGAUUUAUAAUGCUUCAUGAUGUAAGGCAAGAAGACGGAAUUAAGAACUUCUUUAAUGAUGUAUAUGACUUGUAUAUAAAGUUUGCAAUGAAUCCAUUCUAUGAACUCAAUUCUCCUAUUCGAUCCAGUGCCUUUGAAAGGAAAGUACAGUUCCUUGGGAAGAAACACCUUUUAAGCUGAAUAAAUAACUUUCCUGAGAUACCGAUGUAAGAGCUGUGGAUCAGGAACACCCCUUUACCGACAGCCACUCGUCAGCUGCCUAGUUCUCUGGAAGCCUGGGAGCCCUUCAAUCAUAUGGCUCGACCUACUGAGAUGCUAAUCACCUUGCAAGUGUUCCUUCCUUUAUCUCUGAUUUCACCAUUGCACUGUGAAGGUAGUUUGUGUUUUCUGUUGGAUAGAUCUUUAAUAAUUUGAUGACAGGUUAUCUAAAAAUUGCCUCUAAUUGUAAGCAGCCUAGACAGGCUUUAUCUAACACCAGAGUAUCACUAGAUAAUAUUCAUAAUAAUUUGUAAUAUGAACACAACCCAAACUGAACUGACAUACAGCUGUUGCCACUCAUUUUAAGACCAAAAAGUUAUAUUUUGGGAUUUCUUUAUAAGGUUAUUUUUAACUCCUACAUAGUUCAGUGCUCUACUUCAAACAGUUGCCUGGCAUGACUCAGGACUAUGAAAGAAGCAGCAGCAGCCAAGGGAAGGAAUCCUUAAGUUCGCAUAACCCCUGGAUCAUGAAAUCAUCCCAGUACCUACUGCCAGAAUCACUUCAUUUAUUCUAACUUACAUCUAGCCACAAAUUCAAUCCGCAAAACCUGUCAGGAGAAAUACCUACAUUUAUACCUCUGCUAGCUUUAUCUUGCAGAGACCUGGCCUUUACUUUCCAUCUUGUGCCCCCACAUUCAAGUAGAAUGAGCAGACUUACUUAUUCUGAUUUAAUCGGAGUUGACAUUUCUCAGCAGCUCACAGUUGAGCAUCUUCCAACUUAAAUAUUCUAUUACUUUCAGCCAACUGCAAAACACCCUUAGGUGCUGCUGCUCUUGGUCCAACAUUUCUAACAAUUCAUGAGUUAAGUGACAUUCUCCUUGCAACCUACUUCUCUGUUACUGCUUCCACUCUUUCAAUAACUUAUCAAGCAAUUAUUUCUGCUCAUAUGUGCUCAUCUUUCUCCCUCACAUUAGCUUCCCUUUUUCGCCAAGGAAUCGUAGCAACAGCAGCCUCUAUUGCCCAGGCUACAUUUGUGCAUUCAUAUUCUUCCCAAUGUAACUAUGUGACCAAGCCCAUCCCUAAGGGAUUAAGUGGGUUACACUGUACCAGGCCAACAUACUGUCUACUCUACCGAGAAUGAACACAAAAACAAAACACCAAAGAGAAUGAACGCUAUUAAAAAAACCUUAAGGAAUUCUUACAAGCCUUUUUGCUGGGAAGUUUUUAUUCAUCAUAAAACAUUUAUGUAAAAUUCCAGUCCUAAGAAGCUGAAAGAUGUUUCUCACGAUUUAUUACUAAAUUGACACAAAAUAAAAUACAGCUUGAAAUCCAAAUACCUCAUUUGACCCUCUCCAAUUUUUUUCACCUAUUUUCAACUUAAGGAAACUGAUGGUUUGAGCACUCAAAAGCAAAACAAGGACUGCUAAAGCCUUUUUUUUUUUUUUUUAAGUACACACUCCCCAUUUCUAACUUAACAGAAAAGGCUUUACUGAAAUUAAGGCACCAAACAGAGCUCCAUACAACCUGAAAGAAGACAGAGAAAAAUAACAGUUCAUUAGAAAUUCCACAUUGAUACUGAAACACAGAUGUAGUUGUACCAUCCUUUGGUUAGGUUUCUCUAGAAAUAAAAGUGCCAGGAAAAAAAAGGGUUGGAUUUCUUUUGGGUAUAUCUGAGAAAUAGCUCUCCCUCCACAGUCUGCCAUUACAGCUUGUUACCUUACAAGCUACUAAAAAGCCACAAAAAUAUCCCCCAAAAUACCCAACCACACAUAAUCACCCUUGCUCUAAAAAAAG